GCCAUGGCCACUGCACCGCUGUUGCAGAAUGAUAAGCUGCCGCCUGCUACGGCUGGUGCGGCUGUUGCUCUGGAGCUGGGGGUGCUCCAUGAGGGCUUCAGCCCAGAUAGCCGUCUCUCCAAAGGCGACCAACGUGUGAGCAUGGCCCCGGAUGUGGCUGAGCAGUUGAUCAAAGAUGGCUAUGGAAUCAUCGUGGAGAAGGGUGCGGGCGUUCCGAGCUCGGUGAAUUUUUUAGGUGCAGACAGUCCGGCAUAUGAACCUAGCGUUGCUGACAGUGGUCAACUUUCUUUUGAGAUGCUUGAUCAUGUUCAACAAGGGCUUCCUUUUCGAGUCUUAGACCUGUUGGAAACACCUACUUCCUUCAGAAGGGAGAUUGGACGUGACGUGCAUGGAGCUCAGAGAGAUGAAUCGCAAGCUUGUGAAGUUGACCCUGUUGAGCAUGCAUCUCCUUUGUUUGGUGGGACCUCCUUGCCGGACUUCAGUGACCAUUUUGGCAUAGAAGGCGUAGCAGGUGAAACCGAGACUGUCACACAGGAAGACGUUUUUGAUCCUGCGGCUGAAUUUCAGCAAUUUGCAGUGCAUGCGCAGCAUGAGCCUUUGGUGGAUGCACAGGCUUGGCAAGAGAUAGUGGCUACUGGUUUUUCUCAACAUAGGAAGCCUGAUGAGAUGUUGCGUUAUCCGUGGGAGAUGGAUGCACUUGCAGACAUUUUCAAUUUCAGUCAAGACCCAUUGCCAUUGUGUCCUGGAUUAGCAGAGCAAGCUUUGGAGACCAGUGCAGGAGCCUCAGGAUCCAUGCAGACGCAACUGGAAAGAUUUCUUUUGCCGGAUGAUGCAAAAUAUGUUCAUGCUGUUAAGAGCUUGCAAGACUUACAGUACUUUGAAGAGAAGAACCAAAAGACAGAUCUAGCGUGUGCACAGUGGUUGAACAUCCUGGCAAUUGACUGGAGUGCUUCUGGAAUUGGACCCCAGUUGGCCGCGUCCUUACAGAGAGACAGCAGUGGCGAUGAUGCAAUCAUGAUUUUGAAAGCCUGCUUUGGAGUGAAGAGCCCAUCGACAUUGCUUAAGCGGUCAAGCGCCAUUCGAAAAUUUUUGACAUGGUUUGACAGCAGUCCAAUUUGUGGGCAACUGGGAGCCAGAGCUUUUCCUCUGGUAGAAGAGGUGGUUUGGCAAUACUUUUUGUGGUUGAAAGAUCAAAGGAUGACUUCCCGCAAGGGGUUUACAGUGCCAUCAGCCUUUUUGGAGGCGAUUCGGUUCUGCAAGUUCACCUUGGAUCUUUUAGGUACAGAUUCAAUCCUCUGCUCUCGGAGGUUGCUUGGCUUUGCUGCACUGGAGAAGAUGGCCAAGGGCCCAACACGUCAGGCCCCAGGUCUUGAAGUUAGUCACAUCAAGCGCCUUCAUGAAGUCUUGUCCAAUGCUGGUAACCUCAUUGACAGAUUGGGUGCUGGAUGCUUCCUUAUUUGUGUUUAUGGUCGAGCACGGUGGAGUGACUUGCGGUUUGUUGAGCAUGUGGAGAUCGAGCAAGGAGAGAACAUGACCAUCUUCACAACAGAACACAAGACUGCAAGUGUUGGUUUGAGGCGUGAGCAGUAUUUGCCCAUUGUGGUGCCAUGGCAGGGUAUCAGCACAGAUGACUGGCUGGAGACGUUCCUGGAUGUCUAUCAGGAGGCUGGUCUGAACCUCAAGAAGCGGCCUUUGGGACCUUUUCUGCCUGCACCAAAACUGGGUGGAAGUUUCUGUGCAAGACCUUUGACAACAGCAGAAGCAGCUGACUGGUUAAGGGCGCUUUUGCAAGGACUGGACAAGGAGACCAGGGCUGUGCUUGGACAUCAUUGCAGUGCUUUGAGUGGUUCUGAAGUGGUAUACAGCAGGCAUUUGCAGGUGAGAGCCCUGCGCAAGCUUGGGUUGGUCUUGCGCCGAGUCCGGUUGGGAUUAGGCUUUGAGGAUGAAGCGAUGAAAGAGCUGGGCGUAGUUUCAACGCCUGCCCCCAGAACACCGGCUGUUGCAGCACGUACGCCAGUGCCACCUGCUACUGAGCAGGUUCUUCCUGCUGCUGAGGGGCCUCAGUCCAGCGUCAGUGCAGCGGUCAGCCAGGCCAUUGCCGUUGCUGUGGAAGCUGAGGAGCUGCGAAGUGUCAAGGAGGAACAGCUUGACAUGGACAGUUUGGAAAGGGCCGCAGACAACCUCACCUUGUACCCAGCAGAAGUGGUAGCAGGUGGAUUGAUUGAGAUCGAGAGCUCUUCUGGUAGCGACAGUGAUUCAUCAGAAAGCAGCACGACUUCCAGCUCCUCAGCACAAGAUGUUGCUAAAGGCCAGCAUCCAUACACUGAGGUUGUUCCUGCAGGCCAUGAGUUUUACAGGCAUGCCAAGAGUGGCAUAGUGCACAAGUGCGUUGAAGGAAGUGAGACAGCGGAGCUCGGACCAGUGAUGCUCAAGACUAGCAUGGUGCCAAAGGGCAAGACAUUUGCCCAAAGGGGCCUUUCACUUGCAGCAAUGAGUUCUUUGAUUGAUAGCACUGCACAGUACGAAAGUCAGCUGCGAGAGACAGGGAUUGAUCUUGCCCUGAUCGAUGGAUUAAAGCGCCACGGAGUCAGGACCUUGUCACAACUAGCAUUUGCAGUUGGGCAACCAGGGCAAGUGAUACUUGACCAGGCAGUUGAACAAUUGGUGCAAAAUUCCGUGGGCAAGGCUGCAACGUUGACAGAAGUGGCUUCAUUGAAGAGGGUAGCGUUUGAGGCGCAAACCUUCUUGACAGCAACAUUGAGGCAGGCUGUUGACCGUUCAGAAGACAGCCUGCCCAGGAAGAUCCCCUUCGCAGAGCGUCAAGCUCGCAUGGAAACUCUGAAAGCGGGCUUAAGUGGUUUGAGCCUGACAGGUGAGUUGGAACCAGCUCACUCGUUGCUUGACAGGGUGUGCGCCAUGCAUGAGGCAAACGCCAUCAAGUAUCUGGACCUUGCUACUUGCAUACCUCGGUCCUUGGAGAUACAGGGGACCACCAAGAGCAAAGAGUUGACCUUGGAACGUGGCUCAUUGGUUUGGAAAAGCCAGGAGGACAAAGUCACCAGUGCAACUGAUUCAGAGAUCAAAGUUCACUAUGCUUUGGUGCGUAGAGGAGUGGCCUUUCAGUUUGGCAGGAUCAUGUCGUUCGAUCAACAUAGCCAAUGGGAAACUUUUCUGUUUGAGGCGCUCCACAGAGAAGCUCCACCGGGGUACAGUCGCCCCUCUCUUGCACAACUCCUGCAAUGCGACAAAGCGGCCUUCUCACGCCUGGCUACAACAGUUGGUUCAAUCCGCAUGAAUGAUGCAGGAGAAUACCCCUUGGGGGAUGCUCUUUUGAAGUUGCGUGGUGACCCAUUGAUUGCAUUGUACUUGAUGCCUUCAGCUGGGCCUAAGACAGGGCCUGCUCAAGCUUCUCCCUCGAACCCGAGGUCCAAUCUUCAGCCUGAAGGUUUAGAUGGACUGUCAGAUGCAGAUAUGCAAAGGGUUGAGAUUGCCAACGACCUUUUUGAGUAUUCUUGUUUUCUUUUUGAGAGGGCUUGCUCCUUAGGAGUCAUAGCGACGAUGGAGAAUCCAAGAAACAGCUACUUUUGGAUCACGAAGUGGGUCCUUGCAUUGAUGGCUGCUGUAGAAUUUUUUUGCGGUGACUUCCAGGUUUGCAUGUUGGGUGGAGCAAGAGACAAGUGGACGCGUAUCAUUGGCAAUUUUCCUGCAGUUGUAAGUUUAAACAUCAAGUGCGACCACUCCCAUACGCACGAACCCUGGGGCUUUGCUAGAGAUGAUGAUGGCAGGCAAGUGUGGGCAACAUCACUGGAAUCAAGAUAUCCAAGGAAAAUGUGCAUAGCAUUGGUUCAAUUGGUUUUGCAGUUUGCUGCAAGUUUGGGCGUGCAACAGAUGCCAGCAUCGAUUUUGGAUGCGUCAGACCCUUUGCAAGAAGCACAACGUGCGCAGAUGUCCUCAGGUUUACAGCCCAAGCCAUCCAAAGUUCCUCCCAUGGUAUCAGAAUCAAACUCGGUAGCUGUCUUCUUGGUGCGUCAGCUGACUGACAUCCCUUGCUCCCUCAUGUCAAAGUUGCCACGAGAUGUCAUCCUCCAUACAAAGGAGGGAGUUCCUGUCGAAGUGCCAAAACACAGCAGGUUUUUACGGUUUUCUGCGAUUGAUGCCCCUGUGCAAAGGGGUGAACAUGAGGAGCACAAUCAAAAGAGGCGGCGUCAACGGAAAGCUGCGGCAGACGUUCCGGAAGGUGGCUUUAAUUUUGAGGUGGCUUUUGGAAUUCCCUGGACGCCUGAAGCCUUUAUUUCACAGGCUUGCAAAGUCGGGCACCCUGCAACUAGAGAUUCUGGAGUGCCGUGGGAGCUCAGGAGUGCAGUUGCAAAGCACAUGGAAUGGAGUGAUGAACAGAUGAUUUCAUAUCGUGUUUUCUGGUGUCGAAAGUGGAUCACUCGAGCGUCGGAGCUUGAGAGUGCUGAGAGGUUGGAUGCGGCUUCAAGAGAUCCUAUAGUUGCUGGGCUUACGCAGAACAAACGCCUGAUGCUUACUGGAGAAAUGCUCAAAGAUAUUGGCUAUGAGGAUACGCAGGCUCUCGAGCUUCUGGCCAGAGGGGCCACACUCGCUGGUGAGAUUGAGACAUCACCCGCUUUUGAGCGCCAAUACAAGCCAUGCCUUGCAACUUUGGAUCAGCUGCGACAGAAUGCGCCCAAGCUCAACAAGGUCAUUCUUAGUAUGACCCAAAGUUCUGGCUCAUCGGAAGUGGAUAAACAGCUGUUGGAUGAGACGAAGCUGGAAGUGCAAAAGGGUUGGGCCGUAGGGCCGUUUGACCUUGAAGAGUUGGAGGAAGGUGCAGUGAUCUCCAGGCGCUUUCCCCUGAGCCAGGGGUCCAAGACGCGUAUGAUUGAUGAUUAUAGCAUAAGCGGGAUCAAUGACAGCUGCACAGUUAACAACAAGUUGGACCUCCACAUGGUUGAUACUUUUUGCGCAGUUGUCAAACACUACUUCAAGGAAUGCAGUGCCUCUGGAUCCAACAUGGAGUUGCUAGCGAAAACGUUUGACCUCAAGAGCGCCUAUCGCCAGGUCCCCAUAAGACCUGACCACUACUGUUUUUCUUACUUUAGUGUGUACAAUUGCGAGACAGAGCGAGCAGAGAUAUAUCAGUUGAGGACAAUGCCUUUUGGUGCAACACAUAGCGUGUAUUGCUUUCUGCGCCUGUCGCGCGCCCUCUUCUCAUUGGCAGUCAGGGGAUUGCAUUUGCUUACAACCAACUUCUACGAUGACUUUAUUUUGGCCUCUCGACCUGGCCUGAGUUUUUCUGCAGAGGCGAGCAUGGAACUUUUGUUCCGUCUCACUGGUUGGGACUUUGCGCAGGAGGGAAAGAAAGCAACUUCUUUCUCCAAGGUGUGUAAGGCUCUUGGAGUAAAAUUCGAUUUCAGUCGGUCUGAAUCCGGCCUUCUUUCUGUUUGCAAUACUGAUGAGAGGAAGCUUGAACUGAUACAGCAUAUUUCACGUGUGGUGGAAACUGGUGUUUUGGAAAAGCAGGAAGCCUUGGUGCUGCGAGGCCGCCUGGGUUUCGCUGACUCUUGCGUGCAUGGGAGGCUUGGCAAAUUGGUCCUCAAGCGACUUAUUGACCAUGCGUAUGGUCGCACGAAGUUCAUGGACGAUGAUUUGAAAGCGGCCCUGCGGGCUAUGGCCAAGCGUUUGGAACACUCCAAGCCACGUUCAAUUUCUGCAAAAUUGGGCAAACAAUUUUACAUGUAUACUGAUGCGUGCUAUGAGACAGACGAACUGUCUGGAGGCCUUGGUGGCGUGCUUGUGGAUGACAGUGGAAAUAUUUUGCAGUGGUUUGGGUUCUCCUUAAGCAAGGAGAUUUGCGUGCGUUUUGGGUCCAUGGAGAAAGGGACCAUCAUUUACGAACUGGAGCUUCUUGCGGCUGUGUUGGCAACAGCUUUGUGGUGCGAAGGGCAGGACGAGAAUUUCUUCGUCCACUUUGGUGACAAUGAUGGUGUGAGAUUUUCCCUUAUUAGGGCAACUUCUAACUGCUCUGCUGGACAGUGCCUCAUGAGGUAUCAGUUGGAAAUGGAAUCCAGGUGUUGUUUGCAGACCUGGUAUGCGCGAGUUCCCACAGAAGCAAACAUAAGUGAUGGACCUUCAAGACUUCAACGACAUCACUUACUUACUGAUGACCGUGAUGUUACAACAAAAGCAGUCGAUGCUCUUCAGGAUAUCCUUCAAACUUUGUGCAAUGGGUAG